AUGCAACCAAUAGCUCCACAGCCUAAUCCACGAAAGCGAAAAGCCCCGACGUUGCGAAACGAUGAUUGGGAGCCUGUCAAGGCCCGCGUUAUCGAGCUGCACAUAACCAAAAAGCUUGCGCUUCCCGAGGUGAAGGAGAGGGUGGAACGGGAGUACAAGGCGAUCGGUUUUACCGCAACAAUUCGACAGUACAGGAGGCGUGUGAGCGAAUGGGGCCUGGACAAGAAUGUCAAGCCGAACGAGAUGAAAGUCAUAGUGAGAAAACGACAGCAGAGGAAGCUUGUUGAGACAAACAAAAGAGAGUUGGUCUUCAAAAUGCGAGGGAACUUGUUGGAGCCCGAGAAGAUUGAUCGGUGGAUGAAGAGAAAUGGGAUUCCAGAAGACAUGAUAUAUGCUCCGAGCCCUGCUGCAAGUAAGUGA